AUGUCCGAAUCGAGCCCACUCCUCCGGCACGAGUCGGAUGCGCGUCGCACUCUGCAAGAACGGAUUGUUGACGUCUUUCGCCCGCAUAGCAGCUCAAGGUCCUCGCCGACAGGCUUCGAGCCCAGAGGGGAUGGACCGCUUGGCACGCAGGGACUCGGAAUCACCAGCGAAUCGGACGUGCGAACUCGCCUCUUGGAAUCGUAUGAUAGUUCGGACCCCGUCUGUGGUGAACGACGCUGCAGCCACGGCACCUUCUCCCCGCGCCCAGAGGCAUCCGAACGAAGUCCAUACUUGGGAACUGCGGGCGGUCGAUAUCCCUACGGGGGCUUUGGAGAUGUCGGUGCACCGUCAGGCGGCGAUGAUCCUGCAAGGUCUCGUCCAGAAUCGGAGUAUACUUCACAGAUGAAGUCGUCUGUUUCCGCCCUGUCCAUGAAUGAUCAUAAGAAAUUUUAUAUUUCAUAUUAUAUUCCUUUCUUCAACUGGAUUAGACAGUACCAAUGGUCCUUCUUUCGAGGUGACUUGAUAGCCGCGAUCACCAUCUCUUCGAUCUAUAUCCCAAUGGCCCUAUCUCUGGCGUCCAAUCUUGCCCAUGCACCACCCGUCAACGGUCUUUAUUCUUUCGUGAUCCAUCCUUUCGUCUAUGCAAUCCUGGGAAGCUGCCCUCUGUUAGUGAUUGGCCCUGAGGCGGCUGGCUCGCUUCUCACGGGCGCCAUUGUGAAAGCCAGCGUCUUAAGCAAAGACGCCGAUGAUAAUAGCAUGGAGAAUGCUAUUGUGGUCGGAAUUAGUACGGCGAUGAGUGGUACCAUGAUUCUGGUGGCCGGACUGACCCGGCUGGGAUUUCUCGACAAUGUUCUCAGCCGGCCCUUCCUACGGGGAUUUAUCACCGCUAUUGGUUUCGUGAUCUUCGUCGACCAGCUGAUCCCAGAGUUGGGACUUGCGGAAAUCGCAAAGGACAUGGGAUUCAGCCAUGGAACCACAGUGGGCAAGCUUUCGUUUAUCGCACGCUUUGGUAAAGAGUGUCACCCGCUCACGGCUACCGUGUCGCUAGUUAGCUUUUCCAUCAUUAUGGUUUUCCGGACUCUGAAAAAGUGGAUGAUGCCGCGCUUCCCCCAAGUCAUCUACUUCCCGGAUCGUUUCCUGGUCGUUGUUCUGUCAGCGAUUCUCGCCUGGAAGUUGGACUGGGAAUCUAAGGGUCUCGAACUUCUCGGUCAAACCGAAAGCCCCGGCCAGCUUUUCGAAUUCCACUGGCCGUUCCGGUUUGAGCACAUGAAGCACAUCCGCACAGCGAUGAGCAAAUCUUUUAUCAUCACUCUUCUGGGCUUCUUCGAGUCAUCAGUAGCAGCAAAGGGUCUGGGCGAUGGCCAACCUGAUGGCAUCCAAGGCAUGCACAUGAGUGCUAACCGAGAAAUGGUGGCCUUGGGCGUUGCCAAUUUCAUCGGUGGCUGUUUCAUGUCGCUGCCAGCGUUUGGUGGUUAUGGUCGAAGCAAAGUCAAUGUUCAAACGGGAGCACGCUCUCCGAUGAGUAGCAUUUUCGUCAGCAUUAUCACCCUCGUGGCCACUCUCGUGCUUCUACCCUACCUCUACUACCUUCCGAAAGCGGUCCUUUGCUCGAUGAUCUCGGUCGUGGCCUUUUCUCUCGUAGAAGAAUGCCCACACGAUCUAGGCUUCUUCUUCCGCCUCCGAGGAUGGACUGAGCUUAUCUUGAUGCUUCUCAUUUUCGUUGCGACCAUCUUCUACUCCCUGGAACUGGGAAUGGCCCUCGGAAUUGGUCUUUCCGUCAUAAUCCUCAUCCGCCAUGCCACCCAGCCUCGUAUUCAAAUUCUGGGCAAAGUCCCUGGACCUGCAGUCCGAUUCGAAAACGCCGAAUUGCAUCCUGAAAACGUAGAGCUGAUCGAAGGCGCUUUGAUCGUCAAGAUCCCCGAGCCUCUCACAUUCGCCAACACGGGCGAUCUCAAGAAUCGUCUUCGUCGUCUGGAACUGUAUGGCUCCAGCCGGACACACCCUUCCCUGCCUCGCAUGCGCUCGCCGGAACACAACAAGAAUAUCAUCUUCGACGUCCACGGCGUGACCAGCAUCGACGGCUCUGGAACUCAGGUUCUCUAUGAGAUCGUGCAGUCAUACACGGAAAAGGGCGUUCGCGUUUUCUUCAGUCGAGUGCCUAACUCCAGCGUGUUCCGCAUGUUUGAACGGAGCGGUAUCGUUGAGCAGUGCGGUGGACUUUCGCAUUUCGUGCCCCAUGUUGAUGAGGCGCUCCGCCUCGCGGAGACAGAAGAGCAUACCGAAGUUAUGUGA